GAUUCUUGGUUUUGUAUUAGUUUUCCUGGACAGAGAAACUGAAGAUUAACCAGAGUGAGGGAGACAGUCUAGGUAGCUUGUUAAUGGAAGAUGAAACAACCGAAUCGGCUCCAGACCUUCUUCUUGACAACCGCGCCUCAUCACUCAUAGAGAUCGCCUCUCUUGUUGAUGAUGAUGAUGCACCACCACCUCCCCCUACUACGACCACGACCACGACUAGAAAACGCCGAUAUAAAAAGAAACUCUUUCCGGAGAUGAUUUCCUCCUCCUCCGCCGCCGCUCUCACCGGCCCCCGUUUUCUCCGCCCUAACCCCAAGCCAACCAGCUUCGGUGACAUUCUCGAAAUUGACGAUUCUCCUUCUAACAACCAUCGCCGCCGUAGUAGAGUCUCCGAUUUCUCCAAGGACGUAGACAUUGAGGCAUUGAUUGCCAUAUCAGUUGGAUUCCCCGUCGAUUCUGUUACUGAGGAGGAAAUCGAAGCCAAUGUUAUCCCCGAGAUAGGCGGCUUCGAACAGUCCAACUACAUCGUCGUUCGCAAUCACAUCCUCGCUCGCUGGCGAUCCAACGUAUCCUCCUGGCUCACCAAAGAUCAAGUCCUUGAAUCGAUUCGAGCCGAUCAUCGAAACCUAGUCAGUUCCGCCUACAAUUUUCUUCUCCAACACGGUUAUAUUAAUUUCGGUCUAGCUCCUCCUAUACAGGAAGCCAAAUUAACAUUCCUUGAUGGUGAAUCGAAAUCGACUGUGAUUGUUAUCGGUGCUGGUGUAGCCGGAUUAGUUGCUGCAAGGCAGCUGAUCUUUCUAGGUUUUAAAGUUGUUGUGCUGGAAGGGAGAAACAGACCGGGAGGACGCGUCAAGACGAAAAGGAUGACCGGAGGUAUGGUUGUUGCAGCGGCUGACCUUGGUGGAAGCGUCCUGACCGGAAUAAACGGCAAUCCAUUCGGCGUUCUGGCAAGGCAGCUUGGAUAUCCAUUACACAAGGUUAGAGACAUCUGCCCUCUGUAUUUACCUGAUGGAAGAACUAUAGAUAAAGAGAUAGAUUCAAAAGUAGAAGUUUCUUUCAAUAAGUUGCUAGACAGGGUUUGUAAGCUUAGACAUUCGUUAAUGGAUGAACUUAGAUCCGUAGAUAUCCCACUUGGAACUGCUCUAGAAGCAUUCCGCAGUAUCUACAAUGUCGCAGAAGAUGCCCAAGAACGAAUGCUAUUGAAUUGGCAUCUUGCGAAUUUGGAAUAUGCCAAUGCUACUCUCAUGUCGAAUCUAUCGAUGGCAUAUUGGGAUCAGGACGAUCCUUACGAAAUGGGCGGCGAUCACUGCUUCAUCCCAGGUGGGAACGAGAGGUUUGUUCGUUCACUAUCCGAGAAUCUCCCCAUAUAUUAUAAUCGGACGGUGGAUAGCAUUAGUUACGGGGUGGAUGGCGUUUUGGUAAACGCAGGCGGGCAAUAUUACAGGGGAGAUAUGGUUCUCUGCACUAUGCCAUUGGGUGUUCUCAAGAGAAACGAAAUAGAAUUCGUCCCCGAUCUUCCCGAACGAAAGAAGGAUGCUAUCGAGAGAUUAGGUUUCGGAUUGCUGAAUAAAGUCGCGAUGCUGUUCCCUUACAAUUUUUGGGGGGAUGAAAUCGAUACUUUCGGGCAUUUAGCAGACGAGUCGAGAAUGAGAGGAGAGUUCUUUCUAUUCUAUAGUUACGCCUCGGUUUCAGGAGGGCCGCUUCUGGUAGCCCUAGUGGCCGGAGAAGCUGCUAUAGAGUUCGAGAAGGUUUCUCCAGUGGAGUCUGUGGAACAUGUUUUGGAGAUAUUAAGGGAAAUUUUUCAGCCGAAAGGGAUUGUGGUUCCUAAUCCGGUUCAGUCUGUAUGUACUCGAUGGGGUCAAGAUCGGUUUGCCUAUGGUUCAUACUCUUACGUGGCUAUGGGUUCGUCGGGGGAUGACUACGACAUUCUUUCGGAAAGUAUCAUUGAUCGAGUUUUCUUUGCAGGAGAGGCGACUAACAAACAAUACCCUGCAACUAUGCACGGAGCUUUCUUAAGUGGAAUGAGAGAGGCUGCAAACAUUUUACGAGCAGCCAACAGGAGGACGGUGUCGACGCAGCAGCAGCCGGGGAAAACAAUGGAUGGGGAUGAGGAUUUGAUGAAGGGUAUAUUUGAAAAGGCGGACCUGAAGUUCGACGGUUUCUCGGUUGUAUUUGAUCCUGCGAGGUUGAGUGAUUUCGAAUCGGAUUGUCUGGUGAGGGUCGAGUUUGAAGGGGAGAGGGUUGAUUCUGGGUGCAUGUAUCUGUAUGGGUUUGUUAAGAAGAGGCAUGCGGUUGAGCUAAAGGAAGUUGACGGAGAUUUGAAUAGGAUGAAAAAGAUUAAUGAUGAUUUGGGCGUGGUUUUGGUGGGGAAGAAAGAUUUCUUGUGUGAUCCAACAAAAUCACUUUUAUUGGAGAGUUUCAGGAGACAAGUAAGUUAGUGUUAGUUCCUUAUAGUUAUAUCUAACAUAGUUUGGUUCUAGUCUAUUUAUUCUUCCUCAUUCAUUUUGCUUCUUUGAAUAGGAAAAAAAAAAGCUAUUUAUUAUAAUAGGCCAAACCACAUUAAUGU